UUAUUAAAAACCGCGGUUCGAACCGCACCUCGUUUUCCCUCCUCCGACCCCGUCUCAUCGAAGCACGAGUCCGUCGCCGCCACCUCCGCGGAACCGGAGAUCGCAUCGUAUGCCCCCGCGGAUCCCCUUCCCCCUAGGGUUUCACCUCCUCCUCCUCCUCCUCCUCCUCAUCGUCGCCGCGUCGAUUCUCCCCUCCGCCGCCGAGUCGCCCUCGUGCGUCGCCGUGUACAACGAGGGCGGCGCCCCCGCCGUGCUCCGCUCCCCCCAGUGCCCCCGAUGGACCCUCCUCCAACGCCGCCCCUCGCCGCCGCCGCCGCCGCAGCGGGGGUGCCACGUGGCCGCCCACCAGGGGCGGCGCCGCUCCCAGGAGGAUCGCACCUUCUGCGCCCUCGGCAUUCGCAUCCCCUUCAUCGGGAGAACAGGGAUUAAGGAGGUAGAUCUCGGUAUGGUAGCUGUAUUUGAUGGUCAUAAUGGUUCUGAGGCCAGCGACAUGGCUUCUAUGCUCUUGCUGGAGUACUUCUUGCUACAUGUGUAUUUUCUCCUUGACGGGAUAUAUUCUGUUGUGCUGAAAAGACCCAAAGAAAUGUUGACAUUUGACCAAGAAAAUCUGCUUCAGCAGGUUCUUAAUGUGAACAGAGGGCAGAGUUUUCAUUUUAUAGAUUGGGAAAGCUCUAGUUUGAUAUUGCCUAGUAUUUUUGACGGGGCAUUCCACAUGGAGGUACUAAAGGAAUCAUUGUUGAGAACGAUUUAUGAUAUUGAUUCAACAUUCUCCAAGGAAACCACACUGAAAAAUCUCAAGUCUGGUUCAACAGCCACUGUGGUCCUUAUAGCUGACGGCCAGAUUUUAGCUGCUAAUGUAGGGGACUCAAAGGCUUUUUUGUGCUCAGAAGACUUCUCUUCUCAUCAUAAAAAAGCAGGUAAGUGGUCGUUGUUAAAGAGGCAAAAAAGAAAGAGAGAUUCUGUUCCUUCUACAGAUGAGCUGGCCGACUUGGAAUUGUCAAACUAUGAUGGACCGGCAUAUGUUGUAAAGGAGUUGACAGAGGAUCAUCACCCUGAUAGAGAGGACGAGAGAAGCCGAGUGGAAGCUGCUGGCGGUUUUGUUCUUGAGUGGGCUGGUGUGGUUCGAGUUAAUGGUGAGCUAGCUCUAUCUCGAGCUAUUGGUGACGUGCCAUACAAACGUUACGGUGUCAUAUCCACACCGGAGGUGACAGGUUGGCAAUCUUUAUCAAGGAAUGAUACUUAUCUUGUUGCUGCUUCUGAUGGGGUGUUUGAAAAGAUGACCACCCAAGAAGUUUGCGAUCUUUUAUGGCACGAAAACCUGAGAUUCAAGAUGAAAUUACAGUCUUCUCAUAUAGUAAAACAUCACUUGGCCCAUCCUAUAGUGAAUACUGCAUUUGACAGAGGUACAAUAGACAACAUAGCAACUGUUGUUGUUCCUCUAGGGUCUGAUGAUAUUUCUGGAACUGCUUCAAAACAUUGGUAUGAUUUAGAGGAAUCCUCUGAUGUUGUAGCUUUCGGACUGGAGACUAUUUCAGAAAUUGAUGCAACUAGUUCAAGUAUCUUAGCAAUGGAAUACUUCGACAAUCUCACAGCAAAGUUUCAGCGAUUCUUGGUUGAAGCUAAAUGUAAGAGAUUUGGGUGCUUUUAUCUAUCUGAGAAUCUCAAUGAGGAUAUGGAUUAUAUAUUCCGAGUGCCAGAGGUUCAUCACAAUGAUGACAUUCAUGAUUUAAAUGAAACAUCACCUGAACCUGUUUUAUCAAAUCCUAGUGCAAGGCCUUUAGAACUUUAUAAGGAUCAGAGAUUUUGCUGGCACUUUGGUCUUCAAGAUAUAGAAAAAGGCCAGUGCACUAGCCCUGAAAUUUUCGCAAUGUUUGUUGGUUUGCUUGAUUCCCUUCCGUCUAAUGACAGCAAAUCCAGAAGUCCAAAUUCCUUUGGCUACAAGAUACCUAAUACCAGAUAUAAAUUGAAGAAAAGGUUUGAUCGUGGAUCCUAUGGUGAAGUUUGGCUGGCAUUUCACUGGAAUUGUUCUCAAGAUGGUGAUGUGCAUAGAAAUCUAUCUCAUUUUGCUAGUCAUAUACAUUUAGACUGCAACAUGAAUACAGACACAACUUCAUCAUGUAGAAAUUCUUCUAUUAAUUUGGGGGAUGGCGAUUUAUUCAUAUUGAAGCGUAUAAUGGUAGAGAGAGGAACUGCUGCUUAUUUGAGUGGACUGCGUGAAAAGUACUUUGGGGAAGUUUUCUUAAAUGCUUCCUUUUCUCUCGGAGGUUGGCCAGCGACAGAAGCAGAUUUAGAAUUUGGUUGUUCUGAUUCACUACAUAUGAAUAUAUCAGUUGAUGAGAUGGAAAAUAUCUUUCACCCCAUGCGUAAAUAUGCAAAAAACUUUAGAGUGAUGGGUGUUCAUUAUGAAGAAGGCCUAAAACAUAUAGCUAGGUUUAUAGAAUCUUUUGAGUCAGAAACAAGGGAAAUAUGGCUUGUCUUUCAGAAUGAAGGCCUUUCAUUGUCAAAGCUUAUAUAUACAGCUGAGGAAACAAGGUUAGUUACUGGUGAUAAAAGGGAGGAAAGGGCCAGAUAUAUACAGGUAUUACAGCCAUCCAAUUGGUGGUAUUGGUUGAGGACGACAAAAGCAGGGCAAAAGGAAAUGCAAAAUCUGAUAUGGCAGCUGCUUUUGGCUCUCAAGGCUUGUCAUGACCGCAAUAUUACUCAUAGAGAUAUUAAACCAGAAAACAUGAUCUUAUGUUUUGAAGAUGUGGACACUGGAAGAUGCUUGAGAGAAAUUCCGACAAAAAAAAAGCAAUAUCAUUUGAACCUCCGUAUAAUUGACUUCGGAAGUGCCAUUGAUGAUUUCACUGUGAAGCAUCUGUAUGGAGCUGGGCCAACCAGAUCUGAACAGACUUUUGAGUACACUCCUCCAGAAGCUUUACUUAAUGCAAACUGGUUUCAGGGGCCAAAGAGUAAUAGACUAAAGUAUGAUAUGUGGAGUGUUGGAGUUGUGAUGCUAGAGUUGAUCUUAGGCUCCCCUCAUGUUUUCCAGAUUAGCGACCGCACUCGUGCUCUUUUGGAUCAGCAUCUUGAAGGCUGGAGUGAACCAACAAAGGAGCUUGCAUAUAAAUUAAGAUCCUACAUGGAGUUGUGCAUUUUAAUUCCUGGGAUCUCCUCACACCAUCGUCAGAGCGGCAGUGCCUUUGAUCAAAGCGGUGUCUCGCCUGCUUCCUGGAAAUGUUCUGAAGAGUCAUUUGCACAUCAAGUGAAGACUAGAGAUCCUCUAAGAUUGGGCUUUCCAAAUGUUUGGGCAUUAAGAUUGGUGCGUCAGCUUCUAGUUUGGCAUCCGGAGGACCGAUUAAGUGUUGAUGAAGCCUUAAGACAUCCUUAUUUCCAGUGGGAACCUUAAUAUUUGUGCUCGAAAUAGAUGCCUGAUUCAUGAAGCAGUUUCAUAUAUCUUUGAUCAAAUACUAGUGAGGAAAUCAACCGAUGCCUAACUUCCUUUGAGAUCCAUUGCAUGCACACGGUGAGCACAUAUCAAAAUGUGCAUCUCUUGUGCGCUCUUUUCAAGAGGACGCGCCCAGAUCUCAAAAGCAAUCAAACCUGCCAAAAAGCACAAGCACCGGCCUUCCUGGUGCUUCCAAAAAUAUUCGAGCUCUAGUUUAUAGUUCAUGCGUAUGUUUACAUUGCAUAAGUUACAGGUCAGAAUUAAAUUACCACUGAUCAGAUGCAACAAGUAUCAAAUGCGAACACUUGGAUUGGAUGAAGUGAUCAACCAAUCGGAGAGCAGAAUGGCGAAAACGAACUCAAUGCAGCUCACAUUCUAUUCAAGCUCCAUGUUAUUUGCGACCAAGUGAAGAAUUAUAACAUGCAACAUUUCCUCGAUUUUAUCUGAAAUUAUGCAUAGAUGAUACCAACAAAGAGAAAUUUUUUUAAAAAAAACAGUGAUGUCAAAGCUGAAAAAGAAUCUGCACUUACCGAGCUGCCAACAAGCAAAUAUUGAGCAGAGAAUUGAGGCCACAGAUCUGGUAUAUCGAUUAAACUCUUUCUUUAUUUGUAUACAGGUCCCUUUGAUGUAUAUAGACAGUGAAUUUUGAUGUAUCAAAUAACUUCAUGUGACAUAUUUGUUGUAUUAAUAUUAACCGACUGUCCCUAGUGCAAGUGGCAAAGGGUUUGG